AUGAAGCAAGCUAAAACGACUUCCGAUUCUGUCGUGUCAGAAUUUGAAGGGACGAUACUGAGGAACGAAGAUCCAUUCUCUUACUUCAUGCUCGUCUGUUUCUUUGGCCCCUACAAGAACGCCGCUCUCAAGCUCAUGAUUUUUGUAGCCACCGUUGGUUUACGCCAACCGGAGAUUCAAUCGGUGGCUAGAGCAGUCCUGCCCAAGUUCUACAUGGAUGACGUGUGCAUGGAUACUUGGAAGGUUUUUAGCUCGUGCAAGAAGAAGGUUGUUGUGACGAGAAUGCCUCGAGUUAUGGUGGAGAUGUUUGCAAAGGAGCAUCUUAAAGCUGAUGAGGUCAUCGGUCCAGAGCUGAUCGUGAACCGGUUCGGUUUUGUUACUGGUUUGAUACGUGAAACCGAUAUUGAUCAAUCUGUUUUGAGCCGUGUUGCUGAUUUGUUUGUUGAUAGUAGGCCUCAUAUAGGUCUAGCAAAACCUAGCAAGACGAUUUCUACAACAUUUUUAUCCUUAUGUGAGGAGCAUAUUCAUGCACCAAUUCCAGAUAACUACAACCACCGUAACCAACGGCCAUUUCCGGUAAUCUUUCACGACGGACGCCUUGUCAAGCGGCCAACUCCACCCACCGCUCUCCUCAUCCUCACAUGGAUCCCAUUCGGUAUCAUUCUCGCCACCAUCCGGAUCUUUCUUGGAUCCAUCCUCCCAUUAUGGGCAACACCUUACAUCUCUAAACUAUUCGGCGGCCAGAUCAUCGUCAAAGGCACACCUCCUCAACCACCAGCCCCCGGAAAAUCCGGUGUUCUCUUCGUGUGCACUCACAGAACCCUAAUGGACCCGGUUAUAUUAUCCCACGUGCUAGGACGCAGCAUCCCCGCCGUCACUUACUCAAUCUCACGCUUAUCCGAGAUCUUAUCUCCCAUCCCAACCGUACGUUUGACAAGAGUCCGAGAUGUAGACGCAGCAAAGAUCAAACAACAACUCUCUGAAGGCGAUCUUGUUGUUUGUCCCGAGGGAACCACUUGUCGUGAACCGUUCUUGCUAAGGUUUAGUGCACUUUUCGCUGAGUUGACGGAUAGGAUUGUUCCCGUUGCUAUGAAUUAUAGAGUUGGAUUCUUCCACGCGACCACAGCGAGAGGCUGGAAAGGUUUAGACCCGGUUUUCUUCUUCAUGAACCCGAGACCGGUUUACGAGGUUACGUUCUUGAACCAGCUUCCGGAUGAGGCUACGUGUUCGUCUGGGAAGAGUCCGCAUGACGUGGCGAAUUAUGUUCAGAGAAUCUUGGCUGCUACGUUAGGGUUUGAGUGUACUAACUUCACGAGGAGAGAUAAGUAUAGGUUUCUUGCCGGAAACGAUGGAACGGUGUCGUAUUUAUCGUUUCUUGACCAGUUGAAGAAGGUGGUGAGCACUUUCGAGCCGUUUUUACAUUGAAAUCGAAUUAGUAAAUUACUAUUCCGUCGAAAAAUGUCCUCAAUCGGUUUUUAAUUGCUUCCAAUCUUGAUUUAUUUUUGCUUGUGAUUAA